CAGCGUAUUGACACUCUUGGCUGCUACUCACUAGUCCUUGAGUUUAAUUUGGCUCUGAGGCUCUCCAGUGUCCUCUCUCCACCAUGAUCUUCCUACUGCUCUUCCCUGUCCUCGUCUUAGGUGAAAUUCAAUUACAAAGCAAUGUCUCAUCCAAUGUAACAUUUGAAGAUAAUGAAAGUUUUCAGGAGCAGGAGAAUCUCCAUGUUUUUCGCCACUGCAAUGAGAGCCUCCUAGAACAAGUCAGCUACGUCAUAUGCUGGAAUCAGUUUGACUCUGAAAUGAAAAACAUCAACAAGGAACUCUGGUGUGAAUGGGACCAAGUCAUCAGACCAUACAAUGAGCUGACCAAAUGUAUCGAGAGCCUGACCACCUACUUAGGAUGUUACUUCCCGAACCAAGUGGUGCAAGACUUCUUCAUCCAGAUCCAUUCCAGCUUCUUCCAGGCAUGUCCGGAGGAGGAGCAGUUAUUUCCUGAUGCCCCCUCCGGUGUUGUGCUUACCCUUACCCUCAUUCCAGUCAGUCUCAUCCCCAUCUUGGUUUUCCUAGUGGUCUGGAAGAGCAAGAUCUGCGACUAAGUUGGAAAUGUUGAAUAUGUGCUUUUUGAAUGUGUCUUAGGUCCCUUCCUGAAACAGCCCCUAAUAAUUCCCUCUAAGUAUUUUCUUAUAAUGUGUUUAUUUUUAAAAUAUUUUUAUUGUAUGUAUAUUAAGAUUGUUUCUAUUUGUAUAUUUGUAAUGUUGCAAAAUACAUUGACUUAUUUCUUUCACAAAAAAGUAUUAUAAUUGUGUCUAUUCUGAAACAACCCCAUGCCAAUAUAUUUAUAUUGUAAUACAGUAUAAGGGCAAUAAGUACCUAGAAUUAAUUCACUGUAGAUGGUCUGUAGUCAUAUUUAUAUUUACUUUUAACAUAUUCUAUUAACAUAUUUACUUUUUACUAUAUGUAAUUUAAGCCACUGGGGUUGCUCUUCAAAAGGGGUCCCCCACAUUUAGCUGUCAUGUACACUGAAAUAAAACUAAACCACAAAACAAAUGGACAGAAAUAAUAUCCACAACAGUCCCAUAGUAUAAAAGUGAAAAGGGGGCCGGAUAUCAACUGCAACUACAGGGACAUCGUGUUUUCUGGACCCUUUUUGGACCCUCCCCUAAUCCCAGUGUCACUAUAGCUCGUGCUAUACCUAUACAUUGUCUUCCCUUGGUCUCCUGCUUGGAAAUUCUAGGGAAUGAUUCAGAUAAGGUAUAUAUAUAGCAGCCAUUAACACUGAAUCAAUCUUUCAGAAGACUGUUUGUUUACCUUAUGCAUGAGAGUGAAUGCGUGGCAGAUACAUUGUAGUAUCACCAGACCUGGGUCAUACAUAUGAGUCAAAUACUUUCAAAUACUUGAGAUGCACUUGAUUGAGUUUACAAUGGGACCAAUGGAAUAGUCCCAAAAGAGCAAACCCCAAGCUUAAUCAAAUGAAAGUAUUUGACCCAGGUCCGGUAAUUAGGUCAGAGGUCACCUUCAGCCAGCCCAAUUUCCUACUGUCAUAUAGUCAGUGAAUAAUAUAACAUACUGUGCUCAGCCAACCAAACAUGCUAUUGGUCUGUUGGAGUGUUCAUUGUGUGCUGCUAAAUAUCUCUGUUGGAGCACUGCCUAACACUGGGAAUCAAUGAAGUGCAUCCAACUCAACCAUGCCAUACAGCCAGUUGUUGAUACCCAAGAUCUUUAGGCAGUAGUCCAGUCCUGGAUCGGGACUACUAGUGCUGUGGUACCUGCACAAACUAGCCUUUUAUUACACUACAAUUUAGUGCAAUAGCAAAUGUACCUCCACUUUCAAUGCUAAGACAACUGUUGUAUGAUGUUUCCUGUGCUGGUGUGGUUGUGAAGAGGCGAGUAUAUCAAGUAACUUGAGUUACAGAGAGGGGUAACUUAUUAUUUGAAUAAUCAAGAAGCUAGUUCUCACCGUUUUUCUGAAUGAAUACAGUGGCUCACCAUGGGCCAAUCCAGUUGCAUUGUCGAGAGAGAGAAAGAUUAAGUGGUUGUUUGAAUAACGAUAGCCUUGUUAACUUUCACAUGCUUAUUAGUUCAGUGGGGAAAUGCGGACUGCUUGGAACAGGGCAAAUUCUUUUGGGUGAUUAAACCUUAUCUAAACUCACCGUUUCACCCACGGUUGUGGUUAGAUGCACUGCUGACAAUCAGCCGUUUGACAUUUCACAGUUGUAAGGUGAGGCUAUGUCGAGAUGGCAUAAGGCGCCACCUACUGUCUCAAAGCUGUAAAGACAACUCCAGUCAACCGUAUGCAGUUUGGUACAGUAUACACAUACAGGUAACUGACAAAAUAGAGGAAACACCAACAUAAAGUGUCUUGGGGCAUUGGGCCAUCCACCACGAGACAGAACAGCUUCAAUGCACAAUGGCAUAUAGUCUACAAGUGUCUGGAACUCUAUUGGAGGGUUGUGACACUUCUUCCACGAGAACUUCCAUAAAUUGGUGUUUUGUUGACGGUGGUGGAAAACGCUGUACCAGGCUCCGCUCCAGAAUCUCCC